CUGUGAAAAACAUGGUGCGCUGUGCAGUAAGGCUCCUGUUUGUGGCGUGGAUGCACUUGAACACGGUCACCUUUAUCUUUGUGUCAGGUGUGGAGAAUUGGACAUUUCUCCAGGAAGGCACUUCAUCGCUGUUGUCACAAGAUGAAGAUCUGAAAUGUUUUACGCGAAUGUUAGAUGAUCUGACCUGUUUCUGGGAUAACAGCGAGGAAACAAAUUUCACUUACAAGUUCUUCUACAGCACUGAACAAAGAAUGGAGAAACAAUGUCACACAACCUCAUACAGAGUGCUGAGGAAUACAAUGAGACACGUAUGUGCUGUCCCAGUAGAGGAUAUUGUGCUCUUUCAACCACUUAUCAUUGAAGUAAUUGAAUCAUUUUCUAAUGUGUCUAAAAUCAGCCAAUAUGUAUCAAUCGAAUCAGUAGUUCUCCUAGACCCGCCAUCUAAUGUCUCAGUGCAUUUAAAUGGCAAUCCACGUGAACUCCGUAUUGGCUGGGUCCCACCAAAAAAUCCGGACAUAAACGAAUUUCUAAUAUAUGAAAUUAGCUACCGGAAGGAUAAGUCCAGCCCUGCUUCAGCAAAGAGCUUGACUGUCAGCACCAAACAGCGUCAUGAUCUUCAGGAUCUAAAGGCUGGAAUUAGGUACAUGGUUCGCCUGCGCACCAAACCUGAUGGCAUUUCGUUUGAUGGCUUCUGGAGUGCCUGGUCACAAACAGUAUCAGCUGUAACUCCCUAUUCUUCAGAUGAAAUAAAUUUACGUUGUUCAAGCCCUGACCUCCAGUUCAUAACCUGCCAAUGGAAAGUGAACAAAACGGAGGCGGGCACUCGUUACAGUCUCUACUAUCAGACAAGACAGGUGGAGUGGAAAAUAUGCAGUAAUCAAAGAAACACUACCACAGGGGAUGGCAUCACUUACCACUGCACGAUUGCAACAUCAGAAGCCAAUAAGACUGUCGUUAUCAUUAACGCAUCCUACCCUCAUCACAUACAGACAUUUUAUAAAAAACCCUUCAGGACUGAAAAUGUUGUCCGGCCUGAUCCCCCAAGGAUUGUAAAGACUGAUAUCAGCACAACUGGUGGGAAACUACGUCUCAUUUGGGAGCCACCAAUCAAAAAGUUCCAGAAUCAAAUGGUUUAUCAAAUCAGAUACUCUGAGGAAAAUGGUACAGGCUGGAAGACAUUACAUAUCCAAAAGCCAUUGCAUAGUGAGGUGUUAGACCUUCCCCAUGGUAAAACCUACUAUAUGCAACUCAGAGCCAAACCCAAUGGACUUAUUUACAGGGGAUACUGGAGCAGUUGGUCAGACACUUUUACUGCAACAAUUCCAGGCUCUAUUGGUCCAACUGUUGUGUCUCUCGUUGUUGGUGUGGCACUUCUGUUGGCAAUAGCACUUUUCGUGUCUCAUCUCAUCUUUCCAAAUAUUUACAGUAAUAUGAAGAAAAAGCUGUGGCCACAGAUUCCAAACCUAGAGAGACUGUUGGAGGGAUACCUCACUGAUUUCCAGAAGUACUCCCAACCCUCGCAGCCCACCUGUGACAAACCUGUCGACAAUGAGCCCCUCCCUUCAAUUCUGGAAAUCAUUUCUGAAGGAAUUGGAAAUGAUGGCAAGAAGUGUGUGGAAAAGCAAGAGGGUACUUGUCAAAAGCAACACGCCAGUGAAUCCCCCACCACCAACCUGCAGGAAGGGGAGUCAGAUGAUGAGACUGAGGGCUCCAACAACAGUAAUCAGAACUAUAUUUUUUUGGAUCUGCAAGACUCAUCGUCUCUUCCUCAGGAAGAUACAAAUUUUCACAAGAGGGACAAAAGUAGUUCACUGCAUGACUCCCAGUCACAAAGGUGGCCUCCUGCCCCUGACUCAAAGAGUCAUAAAGGACACGUCCAAAAUGACAUCAGCGGGAAUAAGCAGCUCUCCCCAUUACAACCAGUUAAUGUCACCGGCCUAAAACAACAUCACCCAACACCGUUGGUCAGUUACGAUGAUGUGCUCCAGCUCUUUGCUCACUUGCAUUUCCCAGUGCCAUUUGAUUAUCGAUCAAUGAGCGCGACAGAUAUUUCAAACCAUUCGUAUCUCCUACUUUCCGAUUUGGAGCCAAAUAUUUUCUCCCAACAGUGCUCUCUAAUCAAGGAGUAA